UGUAGUCUGAUCUCUUCUGCAGAGUCAUGCUGAAAGUGAAAGUAAGUGUGAACUUCUGUGAAGCUGCGUGCUUCCUGCUGCAGGGAGGGGUUCAGUAUAAAGAGACUCUCAGCUCCGACUGCUGCAGAUCCACAAAGACCAAACGAUGGCUGACAGUCGGAGACCACUUUUGGCUGAACUGAUCAGAAAAUGGUUGGUGCUUGAUGAUCGUGCAGAGCCGCGGCCUCCUUCUCCACUUCUCAGGAAACCAUGGAGGGAAAUGAGUUGGGGACAAAAUACAAGAACUCUUCAGUAUGUGCAGGAGUACGAGCCUGAAAACCAAGACGUCAAGCACGUCCGGAUUCUUCUGUACGGGCCCGUCGGAGCCGGAAAGUCCAGCUUCAUCAACUCCGUCAGCAGCACCGUGCGACGCAGAAUGGCUGUUCCUGCUUUGGCCAGCGCUAAACUGUCUGAGAAAAGCUUCACCAAAAAGUAUGAAACUCAUAAAAUCAAGAAAAGCAGAGGAGCCUCAAAGACAUUUUAUCCUUUUGUCUUCAAUGACAUCAUGGGUCUGGAGCAAGACGCUGACUGUGGAGUCCGUGCUGAAGACAUCAAGCUGGCCAUGAGCGGACACGUGAAGGACGGUUACAAGUUCAAUCCUGUGUCUUCACUGUCGAGCAGCGAUCAGGGCUACAACCCGAGCCCCUCUGCAGAUGACAAGGUUCAUGUCCUGGUGUGUGUGCUCUCUGCUAACUCAACUGACAUUGACACCUCAGUUCUGCAGAAGAUGGCCGACAUCAGAGAGGCAGCCAGUGACCUGGGUAAGACUGUCAUCUCACCUCCCACAGGGUUUUCCACAGACUCAGAGCUCACCGAGGUCCUCCGCUGGACAGGCUGUCGGACUGAACAUCAAACAUAAAUAUGAAACGGUUCUUGUCUUUUGUCAGAAGAAUUUGGCCGUGACUGCAGCUGAACUCUCAUUCCAACGCAGUAAAGGUGACAAACACGAUUUUGAAAAAUAAAAGUGGUCAUCAGAUCAACGUUUCUCUCCGAUCAGAAGUUCGGGGAAUCACUUUGAUCCGACACUGGGACCAGGACCCAACACGCUGUGGGUCCUGGUCCCAGGGGGAAGCCGUUCACAGACCUGAGCGGCUGGAGAAAAAGUUUUCUGUAACACCUGCGUUACCUGCCUGUCAUGCUGUGAUAUUUCACAGUAGAUAAAUUCACAGUCCUGUUGCUCCAUACUCAGGAACAGACAGACUAUAAAACAGCACAUCCUGUUUCAGCGUGCUGUGAAGGACUUUCAGCUGCGGUCAGCGGCUGAGCGUUGGCUAACGAUGGUCAACAGGCUCAGCUAACGUCAUCCAAGACAGAGAAAGAAGCCCAGUUAUCUGAGCCGACCAGCUCGUCAGGUACAUGAAGACGAGGACGAGGAUGCUGAUGCCUCACUUGAAGUUCCGUCCUUUGUGGAGGCUUCAGCUCACUGUGCAGGCUAACUUCAGACACGCUGGGUGUCUGACCAGGUGUCUCCUCAGGUUAGACGUCCUGCUCAGCUUUGUGUUUCACACUACAGACGUGACGGCCAUGUUGAGUUCUGCGCAGCCUCCUCGUCUCUUUGCUCUAAAGCCAACAUUAAGUUUCCUGUUUCUGUUAGGCUCCACGUAAUGAAGGUUCCUCACGGUGUACCGCGCUGACACGGUGUACCUUCAGUUCUCUGUGGUGCAGAACGCAUCAUGUGGCGGCACAAGCGUCACUCUACAUGUCGACAGGCUGCAUUAUAGCUUUAUUUGUGUGCACAGACAUUUCAUGCAUUUCAACACCUUGAACUGUUCACAAUAUGUUGAGUGAUUAACAAUGAAGGUUUGUAUAUUUUUAUUGGUGUUAUUUUAAUUGUAAUUGUCUUAAACUGGCAAAGUGUCAGACUCAGCACAGUUUGGAAGACUUUGGUUACUCUGACCCUGUUAGCUUUGAGUCGGAGUUGAGUUUGUCAGUCAGAUUUAAACCCGACCGAAGUCGAGCAGCGUUUUUCAGGAACGGCCCAGGAUGUUUACUUGUUUGGAAACUGAUCAGCCUGAGACACUGAGCAUGUUUGUG